AUGACGAAUUCAAACAAGGACCCGUAUGUUUCUAAAGCGACAAAGAAAGCACUCAUGGUAAAAAUCUUUAGUUCAACACCAAAUGCUUGGUUUAUGGAUAUCUUGGAAAACAUUCCGAGAUAUAGAGAAGAUGGACCACCAUACUGGCUAAUAUUUGUUGGUCAAAACACAAGAUACUGUGAAGCCAUACCAUUAUGGUCCAAAAAUAUUUUAGAUGUGAAAACUGCUUUGACAAUAUUCGUUGACAAAUACCAUCCAACAAAACUGACAUCUGACUGUGAAAGUUCUUUCAAAUCAGACGAUAUUAAAAACUAUCUGCGUUCAAAAAAUGUAAACCAAUAUUUCAUUGUCGACCAAAACCAUUCUGCUCUUGGUGUCAUUGACAGUUGUAUAAAAAUCUUAAGAGACUUAAACCAACCACAAGGUGGUGAAGUAAAUGAAAUGUCAUAUGACGACAAAUAUAGACACUUCUCCAUGGCAAAGAUGAGACAAGUUUUAAAUAUUUACAAUAACCGUAAACAAAAAGGUUUGGGAAACCACUCCCCCGAAGAAAUGAAAAACAACCCUGACUUAGAGAAAGACUAUAUAUUUAAUAGUUUAGUCAAAAGAGACAAACAAGAAAGAAUGCCAGGCUUCAAACUUAAGAAAGGUGACAAAGUAAAAAUAGAAAUACCUAAACGCGACCCAUAUGAAAAUACUAUUGACUAUGACAACAAUGGGAACUCGACAGGUACUCACAUUCGUGUUCGUAA